ACGAUUCUAGCCAGUGUUCCGCAAAAUGCAUCAACAGCCGGUCCACGAGCAGAGUCGGUAGGUGCAUGUACCGUAGACACUCGUAGAGUCCAGGCAAGCCACCGCAAAGCGUGUGCAAGAAGCCACAGAGCAUUUUGCACCUUCAUAACCCAAUCGAGUCACAAUGGCAGGCCCAACGAUGGAAGUGGUGUCGCCGGCACAGGCCGAGGACGACAUGCGGCCGUCGCACAUGCACAACUCGCGGCUGUCGACCGUCAACUUCUAUACGCCCAACAGUGACGGUCUGGGCGCCACACAGGUGCUGGGCGGCAGUCAGGCCCCUCGGCAGUCCUUGAUGGCGUCCGUCAUGCGUCCGUCUUCCAUGAUGCGUCCGUCUGUAGUCACCGAUUUGAGCAACAACUUCUCUGAGGCGAAAAUCCACGACGCACACGUGCAAGUGUUCGCUAGCGACGUGCUCAUGGAGGGCCAACUCACCAAGAAGGGCGAGUCCGGGCUGCAGGCGUGGAAGAAUGUAAGUCGCAUCUUCGUUCUGCGUGGGCAGGAGCUGUCGUACUACACUAUCGACAACAAGCAGCGUUAUGGCGCGUUGAAAGGCACUUGGGACAUCGCAGGUGCGUCUGUGGAGCGUCAAGACAAUUCGUCUUUCAGUUUGAAGCUGGCAAACGGGAGUAUCCGCACUCUUGGCGCUCCGAAUGUGCAGACUCUGAUGGACUGGAUGACGGCGAUUGCUGUGGCUGCUGAGGCCCACAUUGUGAAGCCCACGUCCGACUUGUCUCUUGUGGACCAGAGUCGCACAACGCACAUUAUCUUGGUGCGUCACGGCCACUACGCCAGUUCACAGACACCGUCUGUGGACAUGCACGGACCGUUGACGGACUUGGGCGUGCAACAGGCUCGUGCGACGGGUAGAUUCCUGCACAAAUACCUCUCCGAGCGAAUGGUGUUGAAGCGAUUUCCCAAGUUCCCAGUGUAUCACAGUGGCGUGCGUCGGGCAGUGGAGACAGCCGAACGUAUCGGAGACGCCUUCCCUUCUGGGUCGCUGGAGUUCCGUGAGAACAAAUUAUUCCGCGAGGCGUGGCCAGGUAACCCACUGCCGAACGGCAACCGCCAGCAAUUGGCGAGAGAGAAGCUGGACAACAUGGUGUCGGACUGCGCUCGGCUCAAAAUGGCAUACCGUACCAUGUUCCGACACCUGAUUCCACAGGACUUGGAGGUGAACGAGCGUCAACUCAGUGAGGAAGACCUGAAGCACUACGCUAAUACGUUCGGCAUUCGAUCAACGCAGACCCGCGCGAAGGACAGAUUCCGUGUGGUGGUGUGUCACGCCAACAUCAUCCGAUGGUUCGUGUGCAAGGCGUUGGGCGUGGACCCUGAUGGCACGUGGGGUCGCAUGCGCUACAACCACUGCGGUAUCACCGCCAUGGAGGUUGACAGCGUCGGUAACGUGCAGCUCACUUACAUGAACCAGACAGGACACUUGGAAACCACGCAGCUCUCGGAGGUGUAAGAGGUGCUGAGUGUACCAAGUGAAAGUUACCUACUUAGUAUUCAACUGACCCGAUGGAAUGUAGGAGCGUCGAGCGUUCAGUAUCGAUUCGUUUAUAUUGGCUUUGCAUCAAAAAUCUAUCGAGUGUCAAUACUUUUAUCACGUUACCUUGUCA